AUGUCUUGGGAUUGUUACAGUUUGAAGGGCUAUUCAUUUUGGCGUUUUGAUAGGACGUGCGGCCCUGGCUUGCCUUUAAAUGGCGGCGGUGUCGCCGUCUACUUCAGGGAAAGAUUCGAUAUGAAGCGGAUCUAUCUUGAUCAUAUUGAUGGCCGGCUGGAAUACAUAUGCGUGUUGGGAAAAGUUCAGGGAUUACGCUUGUGUGUCUGUGUUGUCUACAAGCCUCCGAAUAUCCCUUACUCAUGCUUUGCUUCUCUGUUCCACGCCCUCUUCAUUGACAUGCUCUCUCAAGUUGAUGAGGUGAUUUUGAUGGGCGACUUUAAUGUUGAUCUUCUUGGGAACAAUAAGCCGGAGUUCAAAUAUUUCAGGAAUCUCUUGGCAUCGAUGAACCUUGCUCAGAUCGUCAAUGAGCCAACCCGCGAAACAGACAAUACCGCAGCCUUGAUUGAUCAUAUCAUCGUUAGGAAUUCCCUGAGCAACAUGACUGUUGGUGUGGUUGACACGUCUAAGAUCUUGGAUGGUCGAGGCAAGCGUAUCACUGACCACAAGUUGGUUUUCUGUGACUGCCCUUGCAAGACUAAGGAAAGGAUGAAGGAAAAGUUCAUUUCCUACAGAGAACUGUCAAAAGUGGAUCUGCAAAUGUUUUCCUCAGAGCUUUCCUCCAUUGAAUGGCAUGGGAUUGAAAUUCAGAGUGAUGUUGACGAUGCUGUGGAUAUGUUAACCGCGGGAAUUAUGCAGGUAUUUGAUGCAUGUGCUCCAUUGGUAAAAAAGCGUGUGACCAAAAGGAAGGCGCCUUGGCGAAAUUCAGAAAUAAUGCUUUUGACAUGCACAAAAAACCAAUUAAAAAAAGAUUUACUUUGUCGUAAUGAUGCACGUGCGAAAGCGGCAUACUCUAGCGCACGCAAUAAACUUAAUUACGCCGUUAGAAAGGCGAAAAAAGAUUAUUUUGCGGCAAAGUUAAAGUGCAGUGACUCAAAAUCUUUCUGGGCAACCUUGCGCGCAGGAGAUCUAAAGGUGGGCACUGCUGGCGGUUCUAUAUCGGUUAAUAUUUCCCCGGAUGAAAUUAACCGCUACUUUGCUGGCUUGGGUGGGGAUAACAGUGUGAACCCGGAAAGGCUCGGUUUUUAUAAGCACGCUACUUGCGAAAAGGUUCAAGAUAAAUUUCAGUUUCGGCAGGUGAGUGAGAGUGAGGUAAAAAACAUUAUCAACAGUAUCUCCACAGCGGCUUUUGGCAUUGACGGAAUUUCAAUCAUCAUGGUCAGAGCAGUUCUCCUCUGGCCGAUUCCCCUCUGGAUGGAAAAAAGCCUGGUCAUCCCUCUUCCCAAAAAUAGUAAUCCUACUAGUGUGUCCGAGCUUAGGCCCAUUUCCAUUUUGCCAGUUCUGUCUAAGGUUUCAACAAUGUGGUUUCGCUCUUAUCUGAUCGACAGAACCCAGGUAACUAGGGUGAAUGACCGUCUUUCAGGGAUUGCUCUCAGGGAGUCAGGGGUUCCUCAGGGACUCAAGCGACAAGAUAAACUCCGCAUAUUUGAAGCUGAAAAAGCCAUGAAAGAUAUAAAAAAAAAAGCAAAAGAAGUCAGAAAAACAGUGAAACGUAGAAUAUUUGAGAAUGAGGAAGACCCAGAUGACCCAGCCUAUGGCUAUGGUGCACACUAA